GAGGACAAUGUGAUUUGGUCCGUUGUCUAUUGAACUGCUGAUAUGCUUUGGUAUACAUACAGGCGUGCCGGCCGGACCGCAUCCGAGCGAGCAGCGACGGCAUCGGACGGCCAGGAUUGGAUUGACGGGUGGUUAAAACCCUAACAACACGGAGCGGAGGGGAAGAAAAGCCCCUUCCCGUGCUCACUGGGGUUGUUGGCCUCCCGACCCGACGACCCGACCCGUCCCCUAUCUCAUCUGCUUCCUGCUGAGCUCAGGAAAUCCCCUCCCGUCCCCAUUCCACCCGCCGCCGCCGGUCGACGCGCCUGUCCAAGAUGAAUGUGGACAAGCUCAAGAAGAUGGCGGGCGCUGUGCGCACCGGAGGAAAGGGCAGCAUGCGCAGGAAGAAGAAGGCAGUUCACAAGACCACAACCACCGAUGACAAGCGGCUUCAGAGCACAUUGAAAAGAAUCGGAGUGAACACUAUUCCUGGUAUUGAAGAGGUCAACAUUUUCAAGGAUGAUGUUGUUAUCCAAUUUCAGAACCCUAAAGUGCAAGCAUCUAUUCCUGCAAAUACAUGGGUAGUCAGUGGAGUACCCCAGACAAAAAGUCUGCAAGAUCUUCUGCCAUCAAUUAUCAACCAACUGGGCCCUGAUAACCUGGACAACCUUAAGAGGCUUGCUGAGCAUUUCCAGAAGCAGGUACCAGGUGCUGAAGCUGGUGCAGCUGCACAGGAUGAUGACGAUGUCCCUGAGCUUGUCCCAGGAGAGACAUUUGAGGAGGCUGCAGAAGAGAAGAAGGUGCCUGAACCGGAACCGGAAGAGAAGAAAGAAUCGUAAUUUUGCUGUCUCUCAUAUCCAUUGUUGUGAAGGGUCACUUGGUUUAAGUGUUUCCGUUAGCCAUGCGAGAGACCUGCUCAUCUAUGAACUCUGACAUGCCUCAUUCGUUUACAUGUGCUCCAGUUUCUUACCUGGAGUGUGUUUCUGGUUCCAAAAGCAGUAUAAUUAUGUUUUCUGAAGAGUGUAGGCCAGACCGGCAUGUAUUUUCCUCGAGCCAGAGUGAGUUUCUGCAAA